AUGUCCGAGGACGACGAAAAACGCACGAAACAGCUGGAAGAAGCCAGGAAACGGGUCGAAGAGUUGAAAAAUAAGAGAAAGAAGAAAGACCAGAAGAAGAAGAAAGUAGAAUCGACCGAGAGUGGUAACGAAAAUGAGGAAAAAGCUUCUGAAGCUGCAGAGUCGGGAAAUAACGACAAUGAGUCUCCUUUGAAGCAUCAAAAUGGUCCAAUUGAGAAAGAAACAAGUGCUAAACAACAAGAAUCAGAAAAACAGAACGAUGUGAAUACAGAAAAGAAGAAUGAUGAGGUUUCAGAAAACAAGGAUAAUGUGGAUGCAGAGAAUAAGAGUGAUUUGGGAACAGAGAGCAAGGAUGACGAAAUUCCUGUGAAAAGUCGUGAUUCCACUGAUGAAAAGACAGACGAGGAAACGAUGAGCGAUGAAGAAAAUGCAGGCUCCAGCGAGGAAAAUAAGAUGCUCAAAGAACUUCAGCAGGAAGAACCAGUUGCGAAGACGGACCAGGUGACUACAGAUGAUCCAGUGCCAGAAAAUGAGCCCCCCAAUGAAACUUCUUCGUUGUUUCCAGAGGAAGCACCUUCAUUUCUUUCAGAAUUGCAACGCGAAAAUGACCGUAUUGCACUAAUAGAUCUUCAGAAACAGGUGACUGAUCUGACGUCGGAGGUUCGCAAUCUCAAAUUUGUUAAUAUGGAACAGGAAACCACAAUAGAAGAGCUGCAAGAGCAUGUGCACGACCUACAGGCCCAGUUAAACGCAUCACAGCAGGAACUAGCCAGGGAAAGGGAGAAUUUUUCAACGCAGCAAGCUGCAGGCAACCCCUCUACGUAUUCAGAGCAUCCAAAACCGCAAAACUUCUCCCCUACAGUCGACAGAUCCGUGCUUGACAAGUGGAAGGGCUGGAACGUGGACAUGACACAAUGGAGAAGCAUCGGAUCUGGUCCUGUCGUGAAUCUAUAA